AUGGCCAUGCUAGCGUUACCUGGUACUGCAGGCUUGACAGCUAAUCAAGAUGAACAGUGUCUCGUGGAUGCACUUCCAUAUCUCGAUACGGAGUACAAUGAUGCUGACCGUCAAACGGCCCUGAGAUUGAUCGAUCAGGAAUGCAAGAUUUUCCGCCCGACCAAGAACUACUUGAAGCACUUACCUGUGCCAGAUUUUGAUGUAUUCCUUACCCCAUGUAUGCUCAAAGAGCAGGCGAGGAUGUCUAAGAAACAGGAGAUGCCAAAGCUGGACAUGAGUCGAUGUGAACUACCAUGUCCAUCGGGUACAUCACGAGCUGGUGAUAAAGUACAAGUGGAGGAAGGCGAUAAAAAACGCAAAAGCACAGAAUGA